UAGAAGGGAAGAUAUGGUAAUUUGUUCUGGGAAUGUCAUUUUCGAGCCCGAGACCUGAAAAACAGGCUUAAGGUUAAGAUCUGGAAUAAUGGAGGAAUACGUAGUUUUGAAGAUCUGUAUAUAAACAAGGUAUUUGCCUAAUUUAGUCAGUUGACAGAAUUUUUUUUUAUUCCACCCGGCCAUCUUUUCUGAUAUUUCCAAAUUCGAAAUUUCACACGUAGCAAAUACCCGCAGUUUCCAAAUAAACCAGCAGAAACAACCUUAGAUAGAAUUCUUGCAAUACAUGUGCAAAAUAGAGGAGUAAUUAGGGUGUUGUAUAAUGUACUUUCCUCCCUGCAUUCUCCCUCUCUUUCGACAAUCAGAUCUCAGUGGGAAGAUGAUCUAGCAUUUGAAAUAACAGAUGAUAAUUGGCAAUCCAUCCUUCAAAGAGUUCACUCUUCCUCAAUUUGUGCCAGACACAUGGCCUUCUCCAAUUCAAGGUAUUACACCGCCUUCAUUUAUCAAAGGAAAAGCUAGCAAAGAUUUAUCCAGGGGUAGAUCCCUUAUGCAACAGAUGUAAGUCAGUAACAGGGUCCCUCAUCCAUACUUUCUGGACAUGUCCAAAUCUUCAUAAUUAUUGGACAUCCAUAUUUGAUACGUUUUCUAAGAUCUUUAAAGUAAAAUGUACCCCUUCUCCUCUUACUGCAAUUUGUGGAGUCGUCCCGGACGACAUUGUCCUUUCCAGACAUUAUUCAAACGCUGUUGCUUUUGCUUCCCUAAUUGCGAGGCGACUUAUUCAUGGGUACCAAGUACGUCAUUUCCGGAAUCCCCGCCGCCAUCUUUGUGACCGACUCUGACAGUUUGUUUACACUCGUCAUGGCAGCAAACACAGCGCAUUUAAACGGGAAAGAGAGAGAGAGAGAUAUUUGUUAAAGACGGCGAUUAUUGGAUGCGAUCCCUAUUUGUUACCCCCAACUGUAUUUUGUUUAUUGAAUUCGGCUAAGUUUCUUCCCCAACUAACUUUUCCCGACAUAUAUAUUUAUCUUGUUCACAAUCCAUCUCCAUUCACCGGAGAGAGCCUGAAGGCUUUUAAGAGCACAGAUGCAUAUCAAUACGCCGUUGCCGGGUGGGUGAACGACACCAAUAUAUGGCAUGUGGAGAAGACACACCUACAUGUGAUCACAGCGAAGGUCAAUCAUUCCCAGGCUAUGAACAGCAAACCAACAUUUACAUGGAUUGUGGUGCAGGAGGACGGGACAGUGGUGAUGGCGCAUUGUACAUGCAUGGCAGUGUUAGGAGAGGUUUGUUCCCACGCAGCAGCACUUAUGUUUACAGUUGUGGCUGCUGUUGAGAAGAGAGAAAACCAGACAUGCACAGAGAAGCCAUGCACAUGGACACAGCCUAGCACUAAAAUGGCGAAGUACGAUGAGGUGUCUAACAUCUUCGCCAUUAAAGAACAAGUUCAAACCGAAGACCUGUUUCAGCACAUGAGACCAUCUGCUGCUGAUUUCAAGUUAUUCUGUGAACAACUCCACCAAAGUGAAGAACAAGAGACAAAGCCCAAGAAAAGUGCUAUCCUGUCGGUCAUUGAAGGCCAUUCCCACAGAUACACGCCAAAGACUGUACAACUGGAUCUGCCAACACCCCUUACCAGUCUGUAUCAAAGCAGCAGACUUGUACUGGAUUUACCUGCACUGCUAGAGGAGGGUGCCAAAGUCUUUGAGGAGCUGAAUCUCACACCAGAGCAGAUGGGGUUUACAAAACGAGGACACUGCCACGAAGUCUUACCUGGUAAGAUUACCAUGAAGACAUCAAUGUUGCAGCAUCAGGGCUCAUCCUCAACCCAGAGCUGCCAUGGAUUGGUGCAUCCCCAGAUGGUGUCGUGACCUGUGCUUGCCAUGAGCCUGGCAUUUUAGAAAUUAAGUGUCCUUUCCGCGCUAAAGACCGCAGUCUACUUGAAUGCACCAAAGACUCGCGGUUCUGCCUGACCAUCCCUGAGGGAGGUGUGAUGAGCCUAAAGCUGAAUCACAGCUAUAUGUAUCAAGUGCAGGCACAAAUGUGUGUCGCAGAGGUAAUGUUCUGUGAUUUUGUUGUGUGGACACCUCAAGAACGUUUUAAACAGCGCAUCAUGUUUGAUGGAGAAUUGUUUUAUGUUGCACAUUCAAAGGUGGUAAACUUCAUUAGAACAGGGAUACUACCAGAGUUGUUGGGUAAAUGGUUUACUGUGCCACGCUUCUCCCCCACUGCAACCUCUGACAAACCAUCUGAGGGACAUUAAGAAGCUGACAAUAAAUAAGCUCUUCUUGUCAGACACUGGUCUUUUGCUUUUGUCUUCAUGGUCAGGUUUUUGUUUACCCAUUAAGCUUACAUAUUCAUACACUGUAGA